AUGUGCCACACCAGCUGCUCCACUGGCUGCCAGCCGACCUGCUCUGUGCCCAUCUGCUGCAAGCCCGUCUGUGUCCAUCCCUGCUGCCGCCCAGCCUCCUGUGUGGCCCUGCUAUGCCACCCAGUGUUCCCCGUGGUGACCAGCUGCCAAGCAGCUUGUGCAGCUGGCAGCUGCUCCACCUCAUGCUGUGGAGGCAGCCCCAGUCAAUCCACCUGCUGCCAGGCUGGUCCCUGCAGUCCUGCCUGCUGUGUGUCCAGCCCUAGCCAAUCUUCCUGCUGCGUGUCCAGCCCCUGCCAGUCCUCCUGCUGUGUGCCCAGCUCCUGCCAGUCUUCCUGCUGUGUGCCUGUCAGCUGCAAACCCAUUGUGUGUGUGCCCGUGUGCUGCAAACCUGUGGCCUGUGGGGUUCCCUGCUGCCAGGCCUCCUGCUGCAAGCCAGCUUCCUACACAACCUUGGUCUGCAGACCCACCUGUGCCCCCUCUUCCUGCUGCUGA